CAGUAUUAGCUCGCUGACUCUUGCUAUGUUUUCCGAGUUUCCGUUAAACUGUUUAGAAAUGUUAAAUUUUUGGCUUUGUCCGGUGUGUCGUCGUCGGUGUCGGCUACCGUGCGGCGGCCGCUCGGAUGCUCGUCGUUUUAACGGUCGCCGCGCGGUCCGGAGUUCGACGGUUGAAAAACGGGGCCUCCGCUCUGUCACGUGACACCCCCAGCGCGCACGCGACAGAGCGGUUGAUAAAAAAGAUGGCGUGAGCUCGGCGGAGCGGAGAGGACAACAAACCGCCACUGAGCUGCUGCUACUCCUGCUACUGCUGCUUGAGCUUGAGUACGACCCUCAGCCAGCCGGAGUGGCUUUAAAAAAGAAACUAUCAAAUGGAUCCUGGACAGGAUUUGCUUCUCACUGCUCUCAGUGAGAGCGGCAUUUGCCCGAAUGAUAUUGGCAUAUUUGACGUUGAUUCUCAGGAUGUUGCACAGCCCUCUACAACACAGCAAUCUAUCUCCAUCAGUGCCCUGGAUGUUGGUUUGGGGACUGAGUCAGUGGACGUUGCUCGAACUGAGCCUCCAGCUCCGGUCCCUAUAGUUAUCAGGCACAAACCUCAGCCAUCAACCACCACGUUUGUCUUAAAUCAGCUGAAUCAGUUGCCGUCACUCGGAGCUACUGUGACCAAACAGUCGGUUACUAACCCCAUCAAACACACCAUAACUGUUACCAAGGUGGUCCACGUCACAAAUGCAGCCCUGCGAGGUUCACCGACACCUUCAACUACGAGUGUCCCUCCUUCAGUGUCCACAGUAGUGCCUUCGAACAAAGAGAUCCAGUUGAAAGAUCUCCUAAGGACCGGCAGUGUGAGGACAGGCCUGAAGGGCAACAGUCUGAUGGAGCUCAUGAAGCUAAAGCCUCCACCCGACAUUGCUACACCAGUAGCAACAGCAACAGCCACAGGUGAAAUGAACAAUGGAAUCAAGAAAGAGAUGCUGGGUAAAGACGCUGCCAGAAUCUGGAUUAAUGACGACCUCAAAAUGCACAACUUUACACAUCCUCUGAAACUCCCAGGGAUGAAAGAGGAGGACGAGGCUGAAGAGGAAGAGGAGGAAGAGCUGGGUCACGCAGAGACUUACGCAGAGUACAUGCCAAUGAAAUUAAAGGUUGGCCUGCGGCAUCCUGAUCCAGUAGUGGAGACCAGUUCCCUGUCCAGCGUAAACCCGCCAGAAGUUUGGUACAGACUGUCCAUCCCAGAAGAAGUCAUCGAUCGUGGCAGUCUGUCCGCCCUGCAGCUGGAAGCCAUCACAUACGCUGCUCAGCAACACGAGACAUUCCUCCCCAGCGGUGAUCGAGCUGCCUAUUUGAUCGGUGAUGGCGCCGGAGUCGGGAAAGGAAGAACGAUUGCAGGGGUCAUCUAUGAGAAUUACCUGUUAGGCAGGAAGAGAUCACUUUGGUUUAGUGUCUCAAAUGAUUUGAAGUAUGACGCUGAAAGGGAUUUACGGGACAUCGGAGCCAAGAACAUCCAGGUUCAUUCACUGAAUAAGUUCAAAUAUGGCAAAAUCUCCUCCAAACACAACGGGAGCGUAAAGAAAGGCGUGAUCUUCGCCACCUACUCCUCCUUGAUAGGAGAGAGCCAAUCAGGAGGGAAGUAUAAGACCAGAUUUCAGCAGCUUCUUCACUGGUGUGGCGAAGACUUUGAUGGAGUUAUUGUGUAUGAUGAGUGUCAUAAAGCCAAAAACGUAUGUCCAAUUGGAUCAUCCAAGCCUACAAAAACUGGGCUUGCAGUGUUGGAGCUGCAGAACAAACUCCCCAAGGCUCGUGUUGUGUAUGCCAGCGCUACAGGUGCCUCUGAACCCAGAAACAUGGCCUACAUGAACCGGUUGGGCAUCUGGGGACAUAAAACACCCUUCAGAGAGUUUGGCAACUUUAUCCAAGCUGUUGAGAGAAGGGGUGUUGGCGCCAUGGAGAUUGUUGCUAUGGACAUGAAACUGAGGGGGAUGUACAUUGCAAGGCAGUUGAGUUUCACAGGUGUGACUUUCAAGAUUGAGGAGGUUCCCCUGACUCAGAAAUACAUCCACAUGUACAACAAAUCAGUGAGGCUGUGGGUGAGCGCACGUGAGAAAUUCCAGCAGGCCGCCAACCUGAUGGAUGCAGAGCAACGCAUGAAGAAGUCCAUGUGGGGCCAGUUCUGGUCGGCUCACCAGAGGUUCUUCAAAUACCUUUGCAUCGCAUCCAAAGUGCGCAGAGUGGUCCAGCUGGCCAGAGAGGAGGUUCAGAACGGAAAGUGUGUGGUGAUCGGCCUUCAGUCCACCGGAGAAGCUCGAACACUGGAGGCGUUGGAGGAAGGAGGAGGAGAACUCAACGACUUUGUUUCAACUGCAAAAGGAGUGCUGCAGUCGCUGAUUGAGAAGCACUUUCCAGCUCCGGACCGACAGAAGCUCUACAGCCUGUUAGGUAUCGACCUGUCAGUGAAGAAGACGCCGUCUCCCAGCGAGACUGCAGCAGAGCUUGAACAGAAGGGCAAGAAAAGGAAAGGUUCAGAGUUGAAAAAGAAGCAGAAAAAGAAGCCUCGCAAGCACGGAGGUCUGUCGGGUACCAGCUCAGACGAGAGCCAAUCAGACGAGUCGGACGCAGAGUCUGGCAAAGACAGCGACGACAGCUUUAAAUCUGUCAGCUCAGCAGAUGAAGACGACGAUUUCAACCCUUUCAGAGACGAGUCUAAUGACGACGAGGAAGAUGAUCCUUGGCUUAUCAGAAAGGAACCAAAGAAAGGGAAAGAGAAGAAGAAGAAGAAAAAGAGGAGGAAGAGUAUUGAUCCAGACUCCAUUCAAAGUGCCUUGUUAGCUUCAGGGUUGGGCUCCACCAGGCCUGCUUUCACUGCCCCUGUCAUCGCUCCCACUGCGCCUGCCCCAGUCAAAGCCGAGGUUCAGGAUAGCUGCCUAACAAGUCAGGACGCAGUGGAACACGCCCAGAAAAUGAAGAAAGAUCUUCUGGAAAAACUCGAGGAGCUUGCUGAGAAUUUACCGCCCAACACUCUGGACGAGCUGAUAGACGAGCUGGGAGGACCCGACAACGUAGCCGAGAUGACUGGCCGUAAAGGUCGCGUGGUCAGUAAUGACGACGGCAGCAUCACCUACGAGUCUCGCUCUGAGCUGGACGUCCCGGUGGAAAUCCUCAAUCUCACAGAGAAACAGAGAUUCAUGGACGGAGAGAAGCACAUUGCCAUCAUCUCAGAAGCUGCCAGCUCGGGUAUUUCCCUGCAGGCCGAUCGCAGAGUGAAGAACCAGCGGCGGAGAGUCCACAUGACCCUGGAGCUGCCGUGGAGUGCAGACAGAGCUAUACAGCAGUUCGGGAGAACUCACAGGUCAAACCAGGUCACGGCUCCAGAAUACGUCUUCCUCAUAUCGGAGCUCGCAGGAGAACAAAGAUUUGCCUCCAUUGUUGCCAAAAGACUUGAGAGCCUGGGUGCUCUCACUCACGGAGACAGACGAGCAACAGAAACUCGAGAUCUGAGCCGGUUUAACUUUGACAACAAAUACGGCAGAAACGCUCUGGAAAUAGUGAUGAAGUCGAUCGUGAAGCUCGACUCUCCGCUAGUGUCUCCGCCCUCGAACUUUAAAGGGGAUUUCUUCAAAGAGAUCCAGAGUGGAUUAAUAGGUGUCGGCCUCAUAAACGUGGAGGACAGAUCUGGCACAAUGUCACUGGACAAAGACUACAACAACAUCGGGAAGUUCCUGAACCGUAUUUUAGGCAUGGAGGUCCAGCAGCAGAACGCCCUGUUCCAGUAUUUCUCCGACACGCUGGCGGCCGUCAUACAGGAAGCCAAGAAGAACGGCAGAUAUGACAUGGGCAUUCUUGAUCUGGGCUCUGGUGAUGAGAAGGUGAAGAAGAUGGACUGCAGGAAGUUCUUGACUCCAGGUUACACCACAUCUGGACACGUUGAGCUCUUCACAGUCAGUGUAGAGAGAGGAAUGUCGUGGGAGGAAGCGACGCACGCCUGGGCCGAACAGAACGGACCAGACGAUGGUUUCUAUGUGCAGAUGAGGAACAACAAGAAAACAGCCAUUCUGGUCAAAGAGGUGAACACCAAGAAGAGGCUGUUCCUCGUCUACAGGCCCAACACGGGCAGGCAGCUCAAACUGGAGACGUACGCUGACAUCAAGAAGAAGUUUAAGAAGGUCUUGUCAGAAGACGCCAAGCAGCACUGGACGGACCAGUACAAGCUGUCAGCAAAGAUCUGCUCUCACGCUUUCUGGCGGGGCAACUGUAAGAAGGCGUCGGUGGGUUUAUCCUGUGAGAUCGGCCUUCGGUGUCGGACGUACUUCGUUCUGUGCGGCUCGGUGCUCAGCGUGUGGAACGAGCUGGAGGAAGUUCUCACUCCGGUCGGAGGAACCAACGUGAAGGUGCAGAUUGUCCGUCUCAGAACAGAAGACGGACAGAGGAUAGUUGGUCUGAUCAUUCCAGCGAACUGUGUGUCUGCGUUAAUCAACAAGCUCUCCACGUCGGACCAGAGCCAGCAGCUGGCUGUGCAGGAGCAGCAGAAGAGGCUUCAGCUGCACCCCCAAAGUUUCAGCCACGCACCCAACACAUAGUCUGUGCCGGACCGCUCCCGCUUCACGGGCUCCGAUCCCACGAGUUCACGUCCCACACCUGAAAGGGGGGGGAUCCGGCUCUCGUCUGUAUCUCUCUCUCUCUCUCUCUGCACCGCAGACUCCAGGACCGCUGUCCCCGUUGUUCUGCACCCUCAACGCCCCCCCAUCGCCUCCGAGGGUCAGAGGUGUCGCACCCAGCUGUGACCGUUCUCACUUGUAAAGCAGUGGUUGUACAGAGAAAAGAUUUCAGGGUUGUUGUUUUUUUUGUUUUUUUCGUUUUUUUUUCUUUAAUUAUUUUUCUUGUUGUUGUUUUAACCUUCGAGAGACUCGUGUUUAUCACCUAGAGAGAUUUGACGGGUGAUGUAUCGUCCUCUGACAUUCAGAGUGAAAAGAUUUGUGAUUAUAUAGAUUCAGACAGAUGUGACAGAUGUGACAGAGUUGAAACGUUAAGAGGGUAAUGUCGGCCACUCCUCGCCCUGCAUCACGCUUUAAGCUCUUUAUACUUUGUGCCCGAAUUUUAGUCCGGACUGUCUGCUAUGAAGCUUCUUUUUUUUUUUUUUUUUUUUUUUGGUCCAAACCAAAAGUGGAUAAAACAAAGACUCCAAAUUUGGAUUCAUUAAAAAAAGUGCAUUAAUGCUUAAAAAAUAAAAAAAAGCUACAAUCCUAUAUUAAUAUAUGAUGAAGACCUUUAACAUUCACUACAUGUGCAGUGAAAGAGUUCAGUGGUAACUAGACAGAAAAGGUGUGUGUGCUGUUUUUUUUUUU